CUUUUGUUAUCAGCUGUUGCUCUCAUCGGAUACGUUUUUGAACGAGGGGCCCGGCCUAGCCCAAGUUGAUUUUUUUUGUGUGUUUCUGGGGAUUGAGACGUCCGAGUUUUGGUCUUUCUUCUCUUUCAAGUUGGCGUUUGAGAGAUUGGGGAUUCGGGACUGCUGUGUGAGGAUUAACUGAAGUGUCCAGCCGGUCUCGGUGGGAAGCAUGGCGGGUGGUGGAGGUGGAGGUGGAGGAGCUGCGCCGCCGCCGAAACAAGAGGAGCUGCAGCCACAUCCAGUCAAAGAUCAGCUGCCCAACAUUGCUUAUUGCAUUACCAGUCCCCCUCCUUGGCCUGAGGCUAUAUUACUUGGUUUUCAACAUUACUUGGUGAUGCUUGGGACCACUGUACUCAUACCCAGCUCUCUGGUUCCACAGAUGGGCGGUGGAAAUGAGGAGAAAGCAAAAGUGGUUCAGACGCUCCUGUUUGUGGCUGGAUUAAACACUUUAUUCCAGACACUCUUUGGAACUCGUCUACCUGCAGUAAUUGGAGGUUCUUACACCUACGUGCCAACGACGAUUUCUAUUAUCUUGGCUGGUCGGUACAGUGACAUUGUGAAUCCUCAGGAGAAAUUUGAGAGGAUAAUGCGUGGAAUCCAGGGUGCUCUUAUAGUUGCCUCUACACUCCAGAUUGUCGUUGGCUUUAGUGGGCUAUGGCGAAAUGUUGCAAGGUUCUUGAGUCCACUAUCUGCAGUUCCUUUGGUUGCUUUGUCCGGCUUCGGGUUGUAUGAAUUUGGUUUUCCUGUGCUUGCCAAGUGUGUGGAGAUUGGCCUGCCACAGAUCAUCCUUCUCAUAUUAUUUUCAAAGGUGAUUUCGGUUUCUAUUUGCAUUUGUGUCUCCUGUUGCAUGAUUGGUAAACAUUUCAUACCAGUAUUCUCGGUGGUAAUUGUUUGGAUUUAUGCACAUCUACUCACCGUGGGUGGUGCAUAUAAGAACUCAGGACAAACUCAAAUAAGCUGCAGAACUGAUCGUGCUGGGCUUAUUGGUGCUGCUCCAUGGAUAAGAGUUCCAUAUCCUUUUCAAUGGGGAGCUCCUUCAUUUGAUGCCGGAGAGGCUUUUGCAAUGAUGGCUGCUUCAUUUGUUGCCCUCGUGGAGUCGACUGGUGCUUUCAUUGCUGUAUCAAGGUAUGCAAGUGCAACUCCAUUGCCACCUUCUGUUCUCAGCCGUGGGAUUGGUUGGCAGGGAGUUGGCAUUCUUUUCUCUGGAAUAUUUGGAACAGGAACUGGAUCAUCUGUAUCAGUUGAGAAUGCUGGUUUGUUGGCACUGACACUUGUUGGUAGUCGAAGGGUUGUUCAAAUAUCAGCGGGCUUCAUGAUUUUCUUCUCCAUCCUUGGAAAAUUUGGGGCUGUUUUUGCUUCGAUUCCUGCUCCGAUCAUAGCAGCUUUAUAUUGUCUUUUCUUUGCGUAUGUGGGUUCAGCCGGGCUAAGUUUCCUUCAGUUCUGCAACCUAAAUAGCUUCAGAACAAAGUUUGUACUAGGUUUUUCUGUCUUCAUGGGCUUGUCAAUAGCACAAUACUUCAACGAGUAU